AUGUCAACUUCUUGCACCUUACGAACGAGGAAAUUCAUGUCCAACCGCUUGUUGAAGCGCAGACAAUUCAUUCUCGAUGUUCUUCACCCAGGACGCGCGAAUGUCCCGAAGUCUGAACUCAGAGAAAAGUUAGCCAAGAUGUACGACAUCGCCGACGCGACGCAAGUCUCGUUGUUUGGCUUCAGAACGGCGUUUGGUGGCGGUAAAUCUACUGGAUUCGGCUUGAUUUACGACGAUCUCGACGCGAUGAAGAAGUUUGAACCGAAACACAGAUUAGUCAGAGCGGGUUUGAAGGAAGCUUCGCAAAAAUCGAGAAAGCAAAUCAAGGAAAAGAAGAACAGACUCAAGAAGGUGCGCGGCACGAAGAAGGCCAAGACGAUGUAA